AUGUCGAAAAACUUGGUACAAUGCCAAUACCACCCCGACGCUCCGUUGAUUGAAGAUUACAGAGCCGGCGAUCAGAUUUGUUCCGAAUGUGGACUCGUGGUAGGGGAUCGCGUUAUAGACGUAGGUUCCGAAUGGCGAACAUUUAGCAUUGACAAAAACAGCAACGCCGCCGAUCCUUCACGUGUGGGAGCCGCGGAAAAUCCAUUGCUCAACGGAUCGGACUUGUCGACAUUAGUCGGCCCGUCUAGAGGAGACGCUUCGUUCGAAGAGUUUGGCGGAAUGAAGUACAAGAACAAAGGGAUGGCGUGCUCGACUAAUCGUUGUUUGUUGAAUGCCUAUAGAGAAAUCGGUUUGAUGGCAGACCGUAUAAACUUACCCCGUAACAUUGUAGACAGAGCCAAUGUUAUAUUUAAACAAGUACACGAUGGUAAAAACUUGAAAGGUCGCUCAAACGACGCAAUAGCUUCUGCGAGUUUAUACAUAGCGUGUCGACAGGAAGGUGUUCCGCGUACAUUUAAAGAAAUUUGUGCCGUUAGCAAAAUGAGCAAGAAAGAAAUCGGACGUGUGUUCAAAUUGAUUUUAAAAGCAUUGGAAACAAGUUUGGAUUUGAUAACAACGGACGACUUCAUGUCCAGAUUUUGUUGCAACUUGAGUCUGCCAAACGUGGUUCAAAGAGCAGCCAUACACAUUGCCAAGAAGGCAGUUGAACACGACAUUGUUCCUGGUCGUUCGCCAAUUUCGGUAGCGGCGGCUGCUAUAUUUAUGGCGUCUCAGGCGUCAGACGAAAAACGUUCGCAAAAAGAAAUUGCUGAUAUUGCAGGGGUAGCAGAAGUGACAAUCAAACAGUCGUAUAAGUUGAUAAUAGCCAAUGCCGCUUUAUUAUUUCCAGAAGACUUUAAAUUUGUUACUCCAAUCUCAGAACUCCCGACAUCCUAA